UUUGAUUUGGGAGGAAAAGAUGGACAGAAAAGGAAAGAAGGGAUGGAGGUGUUGGAACAACAUGAGGCGUUUUAAAUGGGAUGAAAGAAGAAACCAAAAUAAAAAUAGAACUCCACCUGAAGUGCACCUGUUCUCACAAAGAAGCCACGUUGACACAAACGUCUUCUUGACGUGCCUGUCCACUGGCUCCUAUCCUAUAGACGUCACCCUGCAGAUCAAAAGAAACGGCCGCAUCCUUACUGCAGAAGAUGGACUGGAGACGUCUGGGAUUCGUCCAAAUGAGGACGACACCUUCCAGAGGAGAGACCAUGUUGAGAUUUUAACGAUGGAUGUGUCCACUUACACCUGUGAGGUCAUUCAACCUGCCUCCGACGUUCAUGUUGAAAGGACCUGGGAUCACACCCUUCCAGAGGAAAAUGUUACAAAUGGUUUUUCCUACAUGUUGAACUGUCAGUUGCAAGAAAGGAAGAUUUGGUUUUAGAUCAAUGAGGAAAAGAUGGACGGAAAGGCAAAGAAGGGAUGGAGAUGUUGGAAUACAGAGGACAAGAGAAAGAGACAAGAAGGGUUUUCAAACUAGAUCUAUCAAGAUGAUUAAAAUAGUUUUAAUAUUGUUGAUGUUUCAUGAUUACCAAAGAUCAAAUAAAACUACGUACAUAAAAAAUGAUUAAGUAAAAUGUUCUUUGAGUGUAUAUCUUGUUAGUGUGUGUGUGUGUGUGUGUGUGUGUCCAACUGCUGAGACAAUCAUUAACCCUUUUAACUUCCAUGCCAGUGAAGAAAAUGUAUAUGUUUGCCUUGUUUUUAUUCGAUAAAGCAAUAAGGUAAUGCUGAAAAAAUGUGAAAAUGUUCAUGAUAAUUCCAAGGUACAGUUAGGGAAGGUCAAAUGUUCAGCUUGUUUUAUUUAAACAUUCCCAAAUGUAUAUAAGCACAGGAAAGACUCGUAAGAAAUCCAUAAACUCAUUCAUCUAAAGUGUUCAACGCUUUUAAGGGCAACUUUAAAUUUUUAAGAAACAUGUUUCCAUGUUUAUACAACAAAGUAUAAGUAUUCACUUACCGGUACCUGUUUAUUGCUACCGUGUAGUCUCAUCUGCGAACGUGCAGCAACGUAAUCUACCUAGCAACAGAUUACGAAAUCCCUGCGUGCAAGCUGCAAUCUUUUGACGAGUUUUAUGAAACAGCAUAAUUGAAACAAAGCCUCAUAGUCUUUACAUUUUGUCCUAAAAGAAAAAACUACAGACAAUAGGAUACUUAACGUCAAGUCUACGGUAGAAACGCGCACACAGAGACACCAGGAAGUUGAUGUGGAGCGUUCAACAAUCCUUUUAAAUUUGGACGUCUAGUGUUUUAUCACAAAAAGGUUCAAGGUAUGAGUUGUAUAUACUUCUACUGAAGCAAAAAAGCAUUAAUUCAGUCUGAAGAAGUUGAGUUUGUAUU